GCACAUAAGGUUUUAACACAGAGUUCUGCUGGGGUUGGUCAGUGCUGUUCUCAAACUUCAUCAUGUUGGGUCUGAGGACUGUGCUGCUCUACGCGUUUAUCGCCACCAUUACCCAUGGGGCACUCAUCAUCUCCCAGGACACCCUGUCUCAGGAUGCUAAGGUUGAGACAAGGCAGCUGAAGAAGCGAAGCCCUGACAGUGAAGAGCAGGGCAAGGUGGUGGUACGCAGUGUGAAAGUGGUCUCUAAGGUGGCAUCUCACUUUGCCCACACUGUCAUGAGUUCCACUGCUAUCAACAGAGCCAACUCAUCCAAAGAAGUAUUCUUUAAUGUGGAGCUUCCCAAGACUGCCUUCAUCACAAACUUCAGCAUGGAGGUUGAUGGAAAGCUGUAUCUGGGUGAGGUGAAAGAGAAAACGAAGGCCAAGAAGGAAUAUCAGGCUGCAGUCUCGAAAGGACAAACUGCUGGAUUGGUCAAGGCAUCUGGCAGAAAGAUGGAGAAAUUCUCUGUGUCUGUGAACAUUGCAGCCAAUAGUGAAGUCAUCUUCACGCUGACCCAUGAAGAGCUACUUCAGCGCAGUCACGGCAAAUAUGAGCUCAUGACAAGAGUCAAACCCAAACAGCUGAUCCAGAACUUUGAGAUUAUAGUAGACAUUUAUGAGCCUCAAGGAAUUGCUUUUCUGGAUGCCUCUGGUACUUUCAUCAGCAAUGACUUACUCCCUCUUGUGGAAAAAACUGUCACUGACACUAAGGCCCAUAUCACCUUCUCACCAACACUGGAUCAGCAGAGGGCAUGCCCAGGCUGUGAUGGGACCCUGAUUGAUGGGGACUUCAUUGUAAAGUAUGAUGUGAAUCGAGAGAAAGGCAUUGGUGAUGUUCAGAUAGUAAAUGGGUACUUUGUGCAUUUCUUUGCCCCCACGGAUUUGCCCCAUAUGCCAAAGAACGUUGUUUUUGUGAUAGACCUCAGUAUUUCAAUGAGCGGGAACAAAAUGCGACAGACCCGUGAGGCCUUGCUGACUAUCCUGGAUGAUCUCAGUGAAGAGGACUACUUUGGUAUAGUCCUAUUUGCCACCUUUACUGAAAGAAUGAAACCAUCCCUGAUCAAGGCCACGAAAGAGAAUGUUGAAGAGGCAAAGGAAUAUGUCAGGAAAAUUGAUAUCCGUGGAUAUACCAACAUCAAUGAUGGUGUGCAGGAUGCAGUUAAAAUGUUGCUAGAAGACAAGGCUAACAACAAGCUGCCUGAAAGGAGUAUGUCCAUGGUUAUCUUGCUGACAGAUGGGCAGCCUAGUUCCGGGGAGACACGGCUUGACAAAAUCCAGGAGAAUGCACGGAAUGCAAUGAAUGACAGCAUGACAUUUUUCUGCCUUGGAUUUGGCUAUGAUGUUGAUUAUGAUUUUUUGAAUGUGAUGGCAACACAGAACAAUGGAUUGGCCAGAAGGAUCUACGAGGACUCUGAUGCUGCCUUACAACUGCAUGGUUUCUACUCUGAGGUAGCCAGCACUUUGCUCUCUGAGGUAAACAUGCAUUAUCCAGAGAAUGCUGUUGACUCACUGACCAACCAUCACUUCAAGCAGCUCUUCAAUGGAUCUGAGAUUGUUGUAGCUGGCCGUCUGGCUGACAUUGAACUGAACAACUUCCUGGUGGAGGUGUCAGCACUGGGGUUGGAAGAAGAUAUCUCUUACAAGGGUCAAGCCAACACCCUGGACUGGAGUGUGGUGUUCCCUGAUGACAAGUACAUCUUUGGAGACUUCACAGAGCGUCUUUGGGCAUACCUCACAAUCCAACAGUUGCUGAGCAAGAAGGACAGUGGCCCAGAACACGAGAGGGCGAAUGCCACCGCCCGGGCUCUGGAAAUGUCCCUGAAGUACAAUUUUGUCACUCCGCUCACCUCCAUGGUGGCCACAAAACCCCAGAGUGACGAGGCCCCACCGGACACACUCAUCGCUGACAAACUGACUGAGGGUGAGCGAUCACAUUCAGCUCUUGGCCAGACCAGGUACACAAGCCCAUCAUAUCAUUACAACCCUGUUACAAGCGUGGACGGUGACCCCCACUUCAUCAUCAAUGUGCCAGAACAGAAUGACUCUCUGUGUUUCAACAUUGACGAUGCGCCUGGAACCAUCUUCAAUCUGGUUAAAGACCCAUUGCCAGGAAUUGUGGUCAAUGCGCAGACUAUUGGGGACAAGAAGGUAGACCCUGGGAGCAGAAUUAAUACUUACUUUGGCCGGUUUGGGAUCCUUCACAAGAAGCUUGGGUUCCAGCUGGAGGUGACCACCCAGAGUAUCACAGUCUUACAGAGCGGGACACAGACUUCACUCUCCUGGUCCACAACUGAAUCCUUCAAGUGGCCCAGCAUUGACCUGCAGGUGACAAAGGACCGAAGUCUGACUGUCGCCCUGAAGGACUCGGUGAAGUUCAUCAUUAUCUUGCACAAGGUGUGGGAGAAGCAUCCGUACCAUAGGGAUUACCUGGGUUUCUACACCCUGGACAGCCACCUCCUCUCCCCCGCUGUUCAUGGCCUACUGGGCCAGUUUUACAAUGGUGUGCAUUUUGAGAUUGGUGAGCUUCAUCAUGGAGAUUCCCCAGACAAACCAGAUGCCACAAUGACAGUGAAGGGAUCCCGACUCUCUGUUACCAGGGGCUGGCAGCGGGACUUCCGUUGGGAUGUGAAGAACGGGGAACGUGUGCCAUGCUGGUUCAUUCACAACAACGGCACAGGACUCAUAGAAGGCACAGCCAGUGACUACAUUGUUUCUGGAAUAUUCAAAACCAGCUAAGCUGCGCCAAAUCAUUUCAUUCUGAUAUGACAUGAGCGCUGCAUUAGGCUUUUUGCUAUGGAUGACCUCUCUUUACAUUCCAUUUUCUGCUGUAUUUGAAGACUUUGUGAACACACACCUUUGAUGUGCGAUUACUUGGUAAGCUGUAAAAAAAAAAAGCUGUGUCUACGCGUGUUUGAUAAAUCUGGCGGAAUUUGUUAGUUCGGUUCCGAUCACACAUAGCUUUGCACAAGGAUUUCCUAAAUUCUUAAAAUGUGUUUUGCCAUAGACAAGGACUCAGUUAAUCAAAGUCUGAAAAGCUAACAUUGGGUCUGUAAUUUGGUGAAAGGGACAAAAGAUUAAAGUGUAUUAGGCCAGCAUACUAUCAUCUACAGUAUGAAAAUGUUUACUAUCUAUUUCAUUGUCUUCCUCUGCACCUUAUCAUGUCAUUAAUCGGCAGAUAUCAGGUUCAAUGGAAACAACCUCAAAGAAAUGUGAUGAUGAACUCUCUUUGUCUGACUUGUUUGCAAUCACAAAAAUAAAGGGAAGCAUGGAUAUGUAUAAAUAUAUAA